AUGGCUAAAGCUUAUAGAAAAGAAGAUUUUGAUUACAUUAUGUCAAAGGUUGGAAAGGUUAAUCCCAGAGUUAAGGAAUAUCUGGAAGAAGCUGGAUAUGAUAAAUGGUCUCGAUGUCACUCCCCUAUUAAUAGAGGUAGAACGAUGACCUCUAAUAUAGCUGAAUGUAUUAACGGUUGUUUGGUAGAUGUUAUAGUACUUCCUAUUUUAGGUUUCCUUGAAGAAGUUAGGAUUCUAUUCGCUGCAUGGAAUUGUAAGAACAGUGAAAUUGCAUCUUAUACAAACACAACGCUCUGGAGAAGAUUUCAAGAAAUACUAACUGAUAAUGGAGUUAAAUCGUUGCGGAUGACGGUUAAGAUAGCUGGUAGUUAUUUGUACUGUGUGUAUGAAUUAGGAAGGAGGUAUAUUGUUGAUAUUGAUCGUGGCAUGUGUAAUUAUUAUCGGUAUCAAAUUGAUGAAAUUUUAUGUGUACACACAAUUGUCAUUUUGAAGAGUAUAAAUAUUGAUGUAAAAGAGUAUGGACGUUAUUGCUCAGAAUUGUACAGGCCAAACACCAUUGUCAAGACGUAUGAACUUCCCACAGUUCCUAUGCCAGACAUGAAAGAUUGGAUUGUUCCAGAAUCUGUUGAUGCCGAAGAAGUUUUGCCACCCAAAUACAAAAGACCUCCUGGGAGAUCAAAAAAAGGAAGGCAUUUGAAAUCUAGUGAAUCACUUACUGUAAGUUCAAAUCAUUGCGGUAAAUGCGGGCGUGCAGGCCACAAUCGUAAGACGUGCGGUUUCUUCCCAAAAGAAAGUUGA